CGAAUCUCGGGCAAAUUUUACCCAUUUAUGCGCAUUUACCCUAAAAUUCUGCAUCUCUUUGAGUUGAACUCUCCUCGAUCCUCAGCUAGCAUAUACUGAAGGGCAGCAAAUAUCCUCAUGUUUCCUUGAUUGGCCUGUUCUUUAAGGUUACCCCAGCGACUUCUCCCACGAUUCGGGACUUCAUCAGCUCCGUCAGCCCCGCCCCUCGUGCACCACUUCCCACGACGUGCACACAGAACGUUACAUAAUCUACAUAAUCUGGACAAGAUAACCUCGGGAUCGUAAAGUCCCAAGAGCAACAUGAACAGUUCUCAACUCUCGACUGGCAAUUGGUGGUCGACACUGAAGACUUCUGCGCAGUCUCUCUUGGGUCUCAUACCUGUGUUUCAGAGUACAGCUGGCCCUGUACUUGAAUGCUCACCGUCUGCUCUCUCUUCAUUUCUCCCAUCACACGCAUCCAUCAUAAACGCUGUCCCUGUACAAGCCAAUGGCACCUGGUCACAACCCUCGCCACCCUUUCCACACCCAGCAACAGGUCUCCCGGCGCUGUGUGCAAUCACAGUGAAUGUGAUAUCAUCUACGACCUCCUCAUUCAACUUCGGUCUAUUCCUGCCUGAUGAAUGGAAUCUUCGAUUCAUGGGGUCUGGAAAUGGGGGAUUCGGAGGUGGGAUUAAUUGGAAUGACAUGGAAUCAUCAGCUUUAUCUGGCUUUGCUUCCAUGUCAACGGAUACCGGACACACGUCCUCUGUGCCCGACGCUUCUUGGGCACUGCACAACCCAGAAACGCAAAAAGACUGGGGAUAUCGAGCCAUGCAUGAAUCUGUCGAGCUCGCUAAGGUUAUCACGCAGAAAUAUUACAAUUCGAAGAUCAAGUAUUCGUAUUUCUCGUCAUGCUCGACUGGUGGACGACAAGGUCUGAAGGAACUCCAAAUGUUUCCAGAAGAUUUUGACGGUGUUAUAUCUGCUGCCCCAGCGUGGUGGACAUCGCAUCUCCAGCCAUGGCAUUUAACAAUGAGCCUCUGGAACCUGCCACUUAAUGGGCCGAAUCACAUUCCAUCUUCCUUGUUCGCCACAAUUAUUGCUGCAGAGGUGAUGAAGCAAUGCGAUCCUCAGGACGGUCUCAUCGAUGGGAUUAUCUCCAACCCAGAAGGCUGCAUCUUCGUCCCUGAAACUCUCCUCUGUGGCCCAAAAUCCGACAAAAGCAAAUGUCUUACCGCAUCACAGCUCAAUACUCUCGAUAAAUCAUUCAGCGAUUGGGUAGAUACAAACAACACAUUCCUAUUCCCCCACCUCUCUCGCGGAGCAGAAGCACAAUUUGGCGGAUUCAUGAGUUACGCUGACUCGGGCCUACCACACCCUAUGGGAACGACCUGGGUCUCAAACUUCCUGCUUAAUCUCACCACGACAGACUACGACUGGGCCACGAACUUCGAUUUCCGUACCGUCCAACUAGGCGAUGAGACAAAUCCCGGUCAAGCAAAUGCCGAUGAUUUCGACCUCUCCCCUUUCGCUGCUCGAGGUGGGAAACUCAUUCAUUACCACGGCUACAGCGAUGGUCUAAUCCCCGCAACCGCAAGUAUCUACCUGCACCAACAGAUCCUCCGCAGCCUCAUCCCCAAAGGCGUCUCCACACCUUCAUUCUACAAACUCUAUCUGAUCCCCGGGCUACUUCACUGCAGCGGUUCUAUCGGAGACGCACCUUGGUACAUCGGUGGUGGAGGCCAGCAUUCUACGUUAGGAGCGAAUGUGAAGAGCAUUCCGGGGUUUGAGGAUCCGAGACAUGAUGUGGUGUUGGCGUUGAUGAGGUGGGUUGAGGAGGGUGUCGCGCCGGAGGAGUUGGUGGCGACGAAGUUUGUGGAUGAUAGGGUUGAGAAGGGGGUGAGGAGGCAGAGACUUGUUUGUCCGUAUCCGAUGCAAGCGAGGUGGGAUGGGGCGGGGGAUCCGGACUUGGCUGAGAGUUGGGCAUGUAAGGGGCUGCAUUGAGUUCCGUUGGGAAAUUAUCAAGCAACUGCUUAUCGCUUGGCCUUUGUGUAUCGAUUUGCUUUCACUAGAUCUUUGCUGGUAUGUAUGAGAUAAGCUGGUAGAUGGUAUCGCCCAGGGAAGUUGAGGAACUUGAGGAUCUAAGAGGGAAAAUAGAGGCCGAAAGGUCAAUUCACCGAGUUGUAACCUGUAAAUGCGAGCCAAACCCCCCAAGGAGCUUCAUUAUAUAAAAUGUCUAUGUUUCCAAAGAGACAUAAACUUAU